AGGCAAAAUAAUAUUGGAUGGGUGAAAACUUUACUCAUCUCAUUAGUCAUGCACUCCCAUAAAUGGAAUUGAUUUUGAAAGACAGCAACCAAAUAGAGAGUGGUCAUAUCAAAGCAAGUCUACUACUAAUAAAGAAAGGCACUAAACCCAAAACCCAUUCCAUCUUCUUCCCUUUGCUUUUUCCGGAAGGAGACAUCACUACCGGUCGCCGGAAACUUCAGAUGUGUUAGCUUUACUCCGUCUGAAACCAUCAGCAACCAACAAUGGUGGUCUCAAACGAAAGCUAUGAAGAGCUCCGUAAGAGAAGGAUGGAGGAGAACAAGAGAAGGAUGGAAGAGCUUCAUCUUCAUCAGCUCACUCAAGCUCUUAAACCCACCAAACCCCCUCCGAUGAAGCGUACACAACGGCGCAAAAUUGUGACCGAAAUGGUGGAGGUCAGGAGGUCAAACCGUGUUGCAAACAAGCCUGCCCCUGUUUUCAACCAAAGUGUAGCUCAAGAUUCUUCAAGGUCAACUGCCAUGAUUUCUUCAAGGUCAACUGCCAUGAUUAAAGCUGAGGGGGUCCGGUCAAGCCUAGGAACGGAGCAUCCGAGCUGUAUAAAGAGGCUGAAAGGACAUGUUCUCAUUGCAUAUGAUAUGGCUUUUCCGACCACGUUUUGGAAGUUAUUUGUAUUACCGAAAGUUGAUUCCGAAAUGGUGAUUGAAGAUGAAAAUGGAGAGAUUCAUCAUGUCAAAUACAAGGCUAAGAUUUGCAGGCUUACUGCAGGAUGGAGAAAGUUUGUAGCUGAACAUAACUUGCUUGUUGGAGAUGUUUUGGUCUUUCAUUUGGUUGAACCUUACAGAUUUAAGGUUUAUAUAGUCAGGGCGAAUGAUCCGGAGAAAGAAGAUGAUCUUAUAACACGUUUGAAUUUGGAGGCACUCUCUAAACCAAACCUUCCAUUUCAAGAACUCGUAGCCUUCAAAGACUUCCAUGUAAUGGUCAACGGGGUGUGCAUUGACUCCGAGCUUCCAGAUGAUGUCAAAAUGAACUACUUCAAACUCUGCAAGGACAGGAAAGAAUUCCUGCAUGAUUGUCUUCCUGAAAAAUUUUAUCACAAGUUAGUAGCAGGUAUGAUUGGUGAAAUUGUCAACAUUGCAAAUGAGAUAAAUAACUUCAAGCUCACUACAACUAAGGAGGAACUCGAUGCAUGGGAUAAUACCCUAAGAUCGUUUUCUCAAAUGGGAAUGAAAGUCGGGUUUCUGAGACAAAAGAUUGCUACUCGUGUUUGAAUCCGAAAAUAGGUUGGAUACUGAAAUGCAUAUGGAAGCUAAGUCAGAACACUAACUUGUAGAAAGAUACAAGUUAUUGUUGAUUAUUUGAAACCAAAGGCUGGGAGGUAUGAAGUGAAGUUCCAAGAGGAGGUUCCACACACAAUCUUUCAUUCCUUUAUAUAUAUCGUCUAGGUAGGUUAUCUCAUAUUUCACAAACAAAAACCUUCAUCUGUUAACUAGUAAUCCAAUCCUCACACUAUUAUUGUGCAUGAAUGUGUAGUUUCUUUUGUUUAA